GAUGCUGGAUUACAGUGUUAAUGGUUGAAAUUAAUUUAACUAUUUGUUAUUUGUACUAGUUAUGUGAGUGCGUUUACGACUGUUUAUGGUUUAGAUAGGCCUAUUUUAAACAACAUUGUGUGCACAAUAUGCCUCGUCAAUUCUUUCCCAAUAACAAUGAACUCUCUCAGCCUAAAUAUAAAAUAGUGUAUUUUUAUUUUGUUAACAAGUUAUUUCGGUUUCAGAUGAAAAAAAGUUAUGGGUGAUUCCUUGGAAAACAAUGAUCAAGAUGUAGGUAUACAGUCAGAAGAGAUUGAACCUGCAAAAUCAACUACAGAAACACUUGGAAAUAAAGUAGGCCUAAUCCUACAACCAUCCCCGGAAGAAAACGAAGCUCCAAAUGUUGACCUUUUGAGCCUACAAAACAGUGGAGAUGGAGGUGAAUGGGGAAACAACUUUGUUACAAGCCAAUCUGUUGAUGAUGCGAUACGAGACUUGCCAGAAGUUCUCAGAUUUGUAAAGAAACUUCAACAAUGUAUAUUACGCCAGCGAGCUCUCAUUCACAAACUAUAUCAUAAAUUAAAAGAGGGUGGUGUUAACCGAAUCACCAAAAAAGAUGUAAACACUCAGACCAGUGAUACAGAUUUUGAAGUCUGGACGGAAUCGGCUGAAACAGGAAACCUUGUGGAAGACAUUAAAAAAGCUGCAGAGAAUGCAGUUCAACAGACAGGGUUUGUUUACGAGGCCACUUCAGGCAUGUACUACGACUACAACACUGGAUACUACUAUAACGCUGAAUUAGGUUUGUACUAUGAAGGGAACAGUGGAACAUAUUAUUAUUUUGACGAAUCUUCAAAAUCAUUCCAAUUUCACUCACAAGUACCAGUAGUAAACUCAUCGACGCCUUCAGUGCAAUCUCAUGACAAUGACUCAAGUAAGAGGCAAAAUGUGGAUGUUAGUGAACCUAGUGAAAAGAUACCAAAGAAGAUAAAAAUAGAGAUAAAAGAAGAGGGCGAAUGCUCAGAUAGUGGUAGUGACUGUGAAAAAGAGAUUACUGAAGUGAUUCAAUCAAGUGAUGCAAGUGAUCCAAGUACAAACCACACAGAAAAUACUGACAAACCAAAGAUAGAAGUUCCUCAAAUCGUUUCAUCAGAUGCUGAGAUCGCAAGUGCGUGGCCGCCUUGUCUGCGGGUGGUCGUGAAGCAGACGACGCUGGACAACUUGGUCAUAGGUUCUCUGUUCAUCGUCACGUGCACGGGUGGAACACUGGGGAGGGAAGGCGACCACGCCAUUACCAUACCUGACAUUAGUAUCAGCAAGCACCAUGCGAAGGUUAGCUACAGUGAGGAGCAUCAGUGUUACCAACUGGUGGACUUGGGCAGUCGGAAUGGAACAUUUGUUGACGGACAUCGUGUCUCAGUCGCCCUACGAGAGAGUGACCCAGUCGCCCUCCAUCACGGAACUCAGGUGAGGGUGGGAUCCACCACAUUAGAAUGUCAUCUCCACCCAGGCAGGGAGACUUGCCAGGACUGUGAACCUGGCUGUGCCAUCCAAACUGAUAGUGGCAAGCAGGAGACUGAUGUAGAAACAAGAGAGGCGAGACACAGAUCAGAGCUGCGAAGGUUGAGGAAGAGGUUUGGUCUUGACAAGCUUACCGUCAAAGAGAAAGAGGGUUCACUAGCACCAGGUUACCAGGAUAGGGCAGAAGAGAGGCGGAAGACCAUCGGAUCACUGGAUCACAAUGUCAAGACAGAGGCUGCUUCAGUACACCAGUCUAUCCAGAGCAACAACAAAGGAUUCAAGAUGCUGUCCAAGAUGGGCUGGAGUAAAGGCCAGGGGCUGGGUAAAGAUUCUGCCAAAGGGAUUACUGAGCCGGUUCUGGUCGAACAGAGGCCAGAUAAGGUUGGGUUGGGAUCUGACUUGGUACAUCUACCAGUAGCUGACCCUAAGGCGAAGAAGAAGGCCGAAUUGUGGAAAAAAGCUCAGAAGAGAUUUCAAGAACUAGAAGAUGAUGACGACUGAACCUUUAUAUUUAAUAGCAAUUUGCUGUGAGGAACAACUAAUUAACCAAAUGUUUUUUUUUUCAAUUCUUAUUGACAUCCGAUUUUAUUUUAUAAAAAAUCCAUAUGUAAAUCUUUUGUUUCUUACGAUGCUUUUUGCUGUUUUAACGUUAACUUAUAAAAUAUUUAUUAUUCUAAGCCAGCACAUUUGUGUAAGUUCCAGAUAGUUUCUGUUAUGGUUAUCAGUAAAACUUUGUUAUAUUUAUUGAUAA